ACAUCAUCCUUUUUAUUUCAGUUAUUAAUUAAUUAAUCUAAAGCAAUUUUGUCAUGAGUGGUAAGAUAUUAAACUGAAUUAUCGACAUAAGGUGCUUCCAAGAAGCAGCCACGCUAGUAGGGCCUAUAAUAGAAUAGGCCUAUAAAUAACCUGCUCACCACCAUUCAUUAUACAUACACCAAUUAGAAACUCCAUCUUCAAUAUCACAAUCACAGAACAAUGGCGAAAGGCAAAGUUUAUCCUCAAGAACAAGAAUCCACAACAUCCUCCUCGGAGUCUCAUGUUCAGUGUCUCAGUAGUAAAAGAGAAAGAUAUACAAUAUGGAUGAAAUCACUUGUUCUCCACUCUAAUGGCUGCACAUUCUAUGAUUCAAAAGGUAACAUAGUUUAUAGAGUUGAUAACUAUAAUAAAAAAGGUAAAAGAGAAGUUAACCUCAUGGAUCUACAAGGCAAUGUUGUCUGCACCAUCAAAAAGAGAUUACUAGCUUUUGGAUGUUGGCAAGGACACAGAUAUCACAGCAGCAAUUCCGAUUCUAGAAGUGAUCAGGAGCAACCAUGGUUUCAAGUUAAAAGAUGUCUCACAGGUAAAACAGCAUGCGAGAUUAAAGUUGGGUCCCAAAAUUUAUGCAUAGAAAGAAUGAGUAUUGGAAAAUCAUUUGGUUUUCGGAUAGUAAACAAAGACGGACAAAUCAUAGGAGAGGCAAAGCAAAAAGAGUCAUCAUCAGGGAUUGUUCUGAGUAAUGAUGUUCUAACUUUGGAUUUGGAAGGUGGCACAGAUCAUUCUCUUAUAAUGGCUUUGAUUACAGUAUACGGAUUGAUAUGCGACUUAAUGUAAAAAUUUCAUUCUAGAUACAAGAUUCUACUCGAUUACUGUCUAGUAAAUUUUCUAGCUAAAAGUUUUGUAAUUACUAUCUUUCUCAGUUUAUACCAGAUAUAACUUAUUGUGUAUUUGAUCUUUGUUAAGGGUUAACCUUAGAAAAUUGUGAUUUUUUUUCUGUUCAAGCUUCGGAUUCAAAUUUGGA